CAACAAUGGAGGUGCCGGGGUCACAGUUGGUCCAGUUUCAGGUGAGACAUCGUCAACAUUUUAUAUUAAACCAAAAUCUAGCCGAUAAAUAUUUUGUUACACUAUUAUCAUGAGAUAACCGUUAUAGUGUCAUGAAUGGCUAUUUUGAAUCAAAUCAAAGUUCGCGAAAUAUGCUAGUAUCUUUCAGACUGACGUCGCUGUACUGUAUCAGGUUUUGUAAUAUUUAUCAUUUAUCAUAAAACGACUAAAACUCCAGAUACGGCUAUUUAUAUAGAACAAUACCUCAUCACCGCCCCUCUUCUCUGUAAGGAGCUUACUCGCUUGAGUAAACAACGUGGGACUGGCUGAUACACAAGGAUUUUCCUACUGACGAAAUAUUUACACAGCGGAUUUGACUCACAGAUAAAAGUUAGGGGGCCCAAGUUAAUUAUUGUUUCCCUUCUGAACACAAAGCUGGUACAAGAAUGGAGACUGCGGACAGAAAUAAGAAUUAUUUACAGAGUAACAAAAGUGGUAAUUCUGUUCACAAACCAGGAACGGACCUGAGUGAAAUUGUAACAAUGUCCUGCCUCGAUGACCGCUGUGAUGUGCUAGAGGCUAGACUCCAGGGUAUAUCCAAGAGUGACAUUAACCUUCAGGAUACUGCAGGGAUGACUGCUCUGCAUUUUGCUGUUGCACAUAAGAAGGUGGAGGCGGUCAACCUUCUGCUGGACCAUGGAGCGGACAUCAAUGCAGCCGAUGACCACGGAUUUACUCCUCUCUUCAUGGCUACUGGUCGAUAUGCUGACUAUGAUGUGGCACUAACUCUACUCCAGAAAUCAGGCAUCAUUGUCAACUGCAUCAACUACAGCGGUGCAACACCUCUACACGGGGCUGCCCAUGCACAGAAUCCAGAUGGUGUGGGUCUGCUGAUUCGACACGGCGCCUGUACCAGUGCCAAGUCUAAGGAUGGCACCACUCCUCUAGAUCUGGCCGGGGACCACAUGAAAACCAUCACUGCUCUCAAGACCACCCGGUGUGUGGAGUGUGGUGAUCAACCACUCACAGGCCUGAAGACCUGCGGGCAGUGCCAGGGGCCACUCUACUGCAGCAAGGAGUGUCAGCGGAAACACUGGAAGGAGGGUGGCCACAAGAAGGAGUGUGGCGGGUUUGUGUGGGCCGAGCCCUACGCGGAAUGGGUGUCCACCAUCUCCCAUCACAACAUGUCCGUGUCUACAACUUCUACAACACACAUGAAGCUCUCCAAUAAGAACAUCACCAAGGAACGCUUCGUUGUCAAGGUGCAGCUUCCUAUAGAGACAAAAGUAGGUGGUGAUGUGUUGAAGGGUUCUGGCAUUGGGACUGACAUGACGUCCAUGAUGGUGUACAACAAGAACCGCUCCCUCAUCCUGCACAUCAAACCAGACCAUCAACAGCAGGCAUUCAAUUACACGGCUCGGAAAAUCAAAAGUGAAGGAUUCAUGGGACUGAAGGCUUUCUUCUGGGCGGAGCUGAACGACGGUCCCGAAUUCAAGGUCAAAGUUCACCAUAAGAAGUGUGCACCUUUCCAGGCCUGGUGAUCUACUGGUGGGAACCUACAUCUACAUGCCCUGGUUCCAAUACUAGUUUAGUCAUGUCCAGUUGGUAACAAUUGUUUAUUUUAAGCCCCAUACCAUUAUUUUUGUUUUUUUUGGUCAUAUUUUCUUUGCCAAAAUGUCAAGAGUCACAAAUUUAAUAUUGAAUUGUUGGCACAGUUGAGUUUUACGAACAAAUGAAAUAGGAAUUCAUACCCAAAACAUACAAAAUGCUGUUCACAAUAACAUAUUUCAUCUAACAAAGCUUUUUUGUUUGCAUUUGUUAUGGGCAUUUUAUAUUUGUUUGUCCAUACUUAAAGAACAAAUAUUGAUGGGGACUUAUGUAAUACACAGUGCGAGACUGUCGGAUUAACGGGUCUAAAUAGCACUGAUUUAAUCGGUUCCCAUCAUUAGCGUCGGAUAAAGCCGAUUGUCGGAUUAACGAGUGUCAGAUUAACGAGACUUGACUGUAUUUUAAAGAAAUAAGUGUAUCAUCAGUAGUAUGGUUAAAUAAAUAGUAACAAAUGAAUAGUGAUCGGAACCACAGCAUUAUUUUUGUACAAAUACUCACUUUGGCGGAUUCAGGAGUUCCCUGAUGAUCAAAUAUGGAUCCUACCUAUAUAAUGUGACAUUAUUCCCCCUUUUAAAAAAUCCUGAAUCCACCUGAGUGGGUAUGAUAGUGAACCUCAGACUCUCAGGGAAAACUUUGUUCAGGUACUUUGAUCCGUCCUACAAGUGUGUGAGCUUCUUUUGAGCCGAGUUUGUAAAUUCGACUUGUGCAUUGAGAAACAGGUGCCCCCUCACAAAGCCUUUGUACCCCCUGAAGAUUGUUGUUCCCCAGAUACUGUAUAUAUAUGAGUAGAAUUUUUACUCAAUAUUCAAUCCAGCUGCUGCAUCUUCAUCAUUUUCCAAAUGCUUUGUUGACUCGUAUUCAAACAAGUGAAUAGCUUCUGUGUGCCAAAUCAACUCAUAUUUCUGGUAGUCAAUAGUUUAGUGUGCAAAAUAAACAAGUAGCACACACCUUUCUGUUUUUGAAAACAAGUUUUUCUCUUUGGUUGACCUGGUAUUGAUACUCAAGUUUCCCAUGAUUUAUUGAUGUGAGUUUGACACCCAGUUGUUGCCUAUUUCAUCUCUUUGUUUGUUCAUCUUCAUAAUGACAUAUUUUAUAUAUUGAUUGGGGUCGACUUAGAGUCUCAUCAUUUCUACAACACAUUCAGUCGUAAAAAAAUCCAUCCAAAGAAAAAAAUGGUUGCUCCAUGUUUUUCAAUCUUGACUCUCUAGAUGUGUAGACCUGUGUAACCAAGUGAAGAUCUGGGUUAGAAUUGGAUUUCAGCCACCCUUGCUUGUUGUAAGGAGGCAACUAACAGGAUUGGGUGGUCAGGCUUGCUGACUUGGUUGAUGCAUAUCAUCGUAUCCAAAUUUCGUAGAUUUAUGCUCAUGAGGUCAAUCACUGGACUUGGUUAUUUAUUUUUUUGUUAUAUAGCUGAAUAUUUCAGAGUGUGGCAUUAAACAACAAAUAAAACAAACAAAGUGAUGUGCAUAAAGCCGUUUCUAGGUGUCCUCUGGGAUGAUUUAUUACUGCAAAACUGCAGCUUGAAUCUAAACUCACUCACUAACUCACUCACUCAUUCACUCACUCACUCACUCGGUGCUUUGUAUCUAUGAUGAAAGUAGAACUUGAGAUUUCUGAAAGGGAUAAUUAAUAGUUUCCGAUAAUUUGAUAUGCAAUUGAUAUGGUUAUCUGUAUUUUAGGGUGACAAAUAUGGCAUUUUGUUUCAAUUAUAUCAUUUGAGAUAUUUUUUCAUCAUGAACAAAAGUGUUUGUUCAGAACAAUUCAAUGAUGAUAUUUACUCUGUUAUUUAAAUAUCACCUUUCAUGGCCAUGAUGACAGUAUUCUCAGAAUCUCAUUGAUGCAUGCAACUUAUGUUUGAUACAUGAAAGUAUGUAUUGCAGCUGUGACUCAAAUCUGUUUUGAAUCUAUUAUUUUCCCAUAUAUUUAUUUACAUAAUUAUGUGUUGUUAUGACAGAAUGAAAAUAGUUGUUCAAA